AUGGGGGCAUGCCAAAACUCGUGGGAGAGGGACUUGCGCGAGGCUCAAAAGCAAGACCCGUUCAUCAAGCACAGUCCCUCUGUCCCAGCAGCUGAGGAAUUUAUGCAGGAACGUCAAGCCAUGCAGCAGUUGCUAAAAGAGCAGUUGGAGCGUGCCAAGGCAGCUUAUAAGCGAGCUGCAGACCAGCAUCGGCAUGAGGGUCCCACCAUCCGGGUGGGAGACAAGGUGUGGUUGUCCACGCGCUACUUGCCCAUGGCCGGCCGUUGCCGGAAGUUACAAGACCGGAGAGUGGGUCCGUUCGAGGUGGAAGCGCAAGUCAACCCAGUGGCUUAUAGACUCAAGUUACCCCCCACUUUCAAGAUGCAUCCAGUGUUCCAUCGGGCGCUGUUGAUGCUGGAAGCUUCCCCCGACCCUCACUGGCCACAGUCGGAGCCGGCCCCUCCUCUCAUAGUCAGUGGAGAGGAGAAAUACGAGGUAGAACGGAUACUGGACUCGCGGAAGCUCAGAGGGCGCCUCCAAUAUCUGAUUCAUUGGAAAGGGUAUGAUCAGACUGAACGUUCGUGGGAGUCAGUGGAGGACGUGCAUGCACCAGAGUUGCUGAUGUUCUUCUCUGGGCAGGAGAAUGGUGGCCUGAGACUCUUCCUCAUGUAUGGGAGCUACAGCCCCAAGACGACUCCAAGUGUGACGCUAAGUGCACAGUUAGCGUCGCAUGUUGCGCGAUGCCAAGGAGGACAGCUUUUUGGGAAGUCCUUGGAUCGCCAUUUGGUAGAGACAAGGGACAAGAAGAAGACUUUGCCCAUGGCUAAGAAGAAGGAUGAGGGCAAGCAAUAUCGUAAGAGGGGCCUGGCAGACCAGAAGAAGUGCAUGUGCCCACCUACCUUCUUGAACCCCACACCAAGUGAGAUCAAGGACAGAAGAACUGGCUCCUGGCACUCGCAAGCAGCUCCUGACUUGAAGGUGCAUCGUGGCAGUGGCAGUGGCUGCGAGAGCCCCAGAGGCGGCCCACCUGACUCCCCAGCGGGCAGCACAAUGGCCUCAGAGGGACUGUCUGGGCCGUCCCUUCUCUGGGGUGGGGUGGAAAGAGCUGCCGGGCAGCCCCUUCAGGGUCCGGUGACCUUUGAGGAGGUGGCCGUGCAUUUCACGGAGGAGGAGUGGGCUCUGCUGGAUCACAGCCAAAGGGCUCUGCACAGGGAAGUGAUGGAGGAAAUGUAUGACAUGGUGGCCUCUCUAGCAGAUGAUGUGCAGAAGAAUGAGAAUUAUAGGGAACCACAGAUGGUGUCACUGGUAACAUUGGCUAAGCGAGAAGUACAAAAAGAGUCGUCUGGAAAUCACAGGAGACCAAAAAAGUCUGAAAGAAACCGGCCAAAGAAUGGGAGGAAGAAAUCCUCUGUUUCUCAGACUUUGCAUCAAAGAACCCAGAGUGUGGAAAGAGCUUCAGUAAGAGCAGUCAGCUUACUUUACAUCAAAGAACACACACAGGGGAGAAGCCAUUUGAAUGCACAGACUGUGGAAAGAAUUUUAUAAUGAGCAGUCAUCUU